AAGGUCGCUCCUCUCUCUCAAAUUUGCACUUUCUUCCUCGCUUAGAUGCACAUUUUCUCCGAGAAGUACGGGAAAGUGGGCACAUCGGCAUCUGAGGCUGCAUCCAGUGUGCAAAAUUUUAAAGGGGUGUCAUGCGGAACAUUCCAUUCUUUCACAUUUCUCUUGGAUUUGCAGGAGUCAGUCGAUUUGGCGCUACCUAUUCUGGAUGGAUUCAACCUACUUGGCAAAGAAGUCCACGUAGAAAAAGCCACAUUCCAAUUGAAGGGAGAAUUCGAUCCAAGCAAGAAAAGGAAGAAGCUCACAAAUGCGCAGAAGAAAAGAUACAUGGAAGACUAG